CGCGUUGGCUUGAUUUGUUAAAUAGCGUCUCCCGAUGACAAGAUCAUGUCGUUACUUUCACCGUUGUGCUGCACCAGUAAUCGUCCUUCAUAGCCUUCUUAUGUUAUCAUGAGAGGAACCACCUCCAGGAGAAUGCAAUUGAGUUUAUCAUUAUGCUAACCUUGUAGUCUUCGCGUGGUUUUUGGUCAAGGAGCGUGGCUCUGGGGGACGUUUGGACUGAGCCGAGAAGAGAAACGGAGCUUUUCAAAAUGGCGACCCCCUAUGUUACAGAUGAAUCUGGAAAAUAUAUUGCUGCCACGCAGCGACCGGAUGGCACGUGGAGGAAACCGCGGCGGGUGAAGGAAGGCUACGUCCCCCAAGAAGAGGUCCCUGUAUAUGAAAACAAGUACGUGAAGUUCUUCAAGAACAAACCGGGCCUUCCGCCAGGCCUGAGUGCAUCAGACGCCGAGCCUUCAAAUCAGCAGCAGCAGAAGAUACCAGGAUGCGCAGACAGCGACGCCGCCGGUCUCUCCAAGUCGGCAAAACGCAACCUGAAACGUAAAGAAAAGCGAAAACAGCAGCAGCAACAGGAACUGGAGGAGAGUACGGCUGACGCGGCGACUCUUGUUGAUGCCGUUGAGAAAGUGAGCAUCUCUGCGGGUGGCGAAGCCGCAGAGGAUUCCAGCUCCGUAGAGAAAGCCAAGAAAAUAAAAAAUAUGAGGAAGAAGCUGCGUCAGGUUGAGGAACUGCAGCAGAAGGUAGACUCAGGGGAAAUAAAGCAGCCGACGCAGGACCAGUUGGAAAAGUUGGCCCGGGCAAAAACUCUACGAGACGAGUUGGAGCAGCUGGAGCGCCUCUCAUGAGAACGGACAAACUUGGUCAACUCCGCCCUUUUAACGUCUUCACCAUGAACAAUGAGUAGCAAUUUAUGUCAAUCUGCCCACUUUGUCACAUUUCACACUCAACUUGAGCCUGACGUUCAUUUAAACUUAGUUUUAAGAAAACACAAACCAACCUGUGCUCCAUGUUUCCAUUUUGUACCUUUAAAAAAAAAAAUAGAAACAGCAACCAUGAAGUAGUUUUUUGACGUGUGCUUUUACAACGACUUCCAGCCAAGGCACCAUCUUUAAUUAAAACUACAUGCUGCAACCAAAUCAUCUCAUUCUUUUUGUUGGGGGGGGUACUAAGUUGCAAGUUGAACUACAGUUUUAACUUGCUCAGUAUAUCAGGUGUAAAAGUCACGUAUGGAGGGAACCACACGAUCGCAAACAAGUACGGUAGUAUUCUGGCUCUGCAAUUCUUUACAUUCUGAUAUUGAAAGUUUUUACAAAGUAUAGAAUUAUAGUGUUUAUACAUAAAUUUUGUGUCUCCGGGGAUGUGGUCUGCAACAGAUUUUAUAUGAUGGGAGUUUCCUAUGAUCAGUUUCCUGAGUUACAACCAUAGACACAAAUUAAACGGUAGUACAAACUACAAUCCCAAAACACUGGGAACACUCAGAACACUUCCCGAGGUUAUAAACAUUCUGUAUUUUGCCAUGAAAAAAAUAGGCGAGUCCUGUUGCAACGAGAAACUAGUGUUUCCACACAAUUCCAGCCAUCAAGAUGUUCCUUAAAAAUGACCCUUACUAUUAUGGCCGUGAGCAGUAAGUAUGUAUUGUAUUCGAUAGCUUCUCCACAUAUAAAAUUUUCAUUACAAAUACAUGAGACAAGUCAGGUUUGUAUUUUCAUUUGAUGUUUAAAGGUCUAUAGUAAAUAUCAGGGAAUCGUGUUCUGUAGCGUGAACAGCAGAGGACACUAGUGUUUCAAAACAGUAUUGUGGCCUGUCAGUGAAAAAUAUUUUUUUCUCAACUUCUUUGAUUGUGUUAACAGAUAUAUAUCACACAUACAGUACUGUGCAAAAGUUUUAGGCAGGACACCCUGCCUAAAGGUUUUGCACACUACUGUAUAUUUUUAUUAUAUUAUGUAUAUACAGGAUAUACUGUAUGUAUAUAUUUUCCCCAAGUGGAAGCUUCCAUGAUGCUAAUAAAUUUAAUAAUUAAAAAAAUAUAUAUACAGUACUG